GUGCCCAUCAGUUAGCCAGCUGAGCGGGUCGGUGCCAGACGUAGAUCCUUCUUCCCCGGCGCUAAUGUUGACUUCCCAGGACAGGGCAUUCAGUGGGUCUUGGUGGACAUGUGAGGUGUGUGAGCGAUACUUCAGUGCAACAGUCGAGCGUUAUUUACAGUCGUGAAGGUUAAAUCGUUACAGCACCCUUGCGUAACGAGGCGCAGCGCUCCAGCAUCCACAGGCUGACAUUACUGAUAUUAGGCGGCGGUCGAGGGUCGCCUUGGGGAUGGAGGUGUCCACGCUACAGUUUCUCUUCAUGGGAAUCAUCUUCCUCUUGACGACAGGGGUGGGCCUGGCGCCGGUGCUGCUCGGGGACGUGGUGUCCAAGAAACUAGUGUCUCGAGCAGUAGUCAGAAACCGAAUCCUCUCGUGCGCAUCAUGCUUCGGGGCAGGAGUGUUCAUCUUCGUGUGCUUCAUGGGGCUUCUUCCAGCCGCGGACCGCAAGUUUCACCACUUUCUCGAGGAGCUGGGCCACACUGACGAGAGCUGGGAGGCCUUCGCUGAGUUCCCUUGGGGCUUCUUCGUCGUCAUCUGCGGCUUCCUCAUCAUAUUCACCAUUGACAAAUUGGUACAUGCGAUAGAGGAGGGGCGGCGGGCUAGGCGAGUCACCACCGCCGCUUCCCGCACCCUCCUGGCCAAGCCCGCCGCGGACCUAGCCUCCACCCAGAACGCCCUCGACACUGACGCUAACGGUGCCCCACCGCCGGGCUACGACAAGGAGUCUUGCAGCCAACACAGCGAACACGCCGGUCAUGGCGUGCCCUCCUCCAUCAUCUUCCUACUGGCGCUGGGCGUCCACUCACUCUUCGAGGGCAUGGCAGUGGGCCUCCAGACACAGAAAGAGAAAGUCCUCGAGUUUUCGGUCGCUGUGUUGGUGCAUGAGGUCGUAAUGGCUUUUUCCUUUGGCAUGGAGGUCAGCAAUGACCAUGGGCUGACGCGGUGGACCCGGGUGGUGUAUGUGAUCAUCUUCACCUCCACCAUCCCACUGGGCAUCGCCGCCGGGGUGGGGCUGCAGACGACCCCUUCAGGCAACAGGGAGAUCGUGUCCGCAGUGCUCGAGGCCUUUGCCACAGGCAUCUUCAUCCACGUCAUCUUCAUCGAGGUGUUGGCAAAGGAGUUUCAUCAUCACAGUCACCAAGCACAGUCACCCAAGGCCAAGCCCAGCACGGAGAUCUGUCUCAUCCUGGGGAAGGUGGCGUGCAUCUGCUGCGGCAUCGCGACCCUCAUCCUGCUCAGCGUUUUCAUGCACGCUCACCACUAACCCGCGCCCUCCCGCCUCGCCAGGACUGUGACUAAACCAACAAGUGCCAGUUGGUGUCCUUGAAGAUUGAACAACUGCGUCUUACUAAUAUUCUGACGCCCCACAGCAUGUCUAUAUAGAUAUAAGCCUUGGGGACAUAGGUAACACUAAACUGCGUUUUAGCGGAUUGUUACAAGGAAGAUUUAGCUGUAGGGAUAUCUAUCAACGUGAUGAGUCGUCACGUGAGCUGAAGGAGGAAGAUCAAAGGCCAAGUAAAUGUAUUAUCUCUCUGCCCCCUUGUCGCCCUGCCCCUCCCCUGCUCUCUGAGGCUCAGCUUGCCCCGUGCGCGCCGCAAGGUGAACACAGGCAGCAGGAGAGAUUCGCAGCGAUACACUGAGACGUCUUCUAGUCUACUAAUUUCUUAGUUUUGUGUAAAUGUCUAAGCAAACUUUCUUGUGAAUAAGGACGAGGAUUUCAAGUGAAAGUUUAAACUGAGUUUUUCCUACUCACAAAAUCCAGUAAAAUUCAUGUGAUGUGAACUAUCGAAAACGUCUUUACCUUGGAUAUAAAAAGAAUAUAUCCUGUUCGAUGUCAUUUUUUACGGAGUAAGCAAGACGAAGUGUUCCGUCAUUCCUUAGGUUUAGGAGUUGCUACGAAGGGGAGGUUGUGUUACCUCAGUGAUGAAUGGACUGAUUGCAGAUUUCGAAUUUUAAACAACUUUUCAAAAGUACUUAAAAAUAAAGGUCUUUUUACUUU